AUGGCUUCGAUUGUCUACUUAAUCCUCUGUGCGAUACUCAUUCCUUUACAACUGCGAACCGCAAGUUUGCUCUUUGUUAAUGGACAAGCAACGCCAUCUUGUAAACUUGAAAAUCGAACCUAUAUCCUUCCAAUCUGUAAACGAUCGCCUACUUUCACCAUACCCGUUUGCGUUGGACACUGCUCAAGUGGUACUCGAUGGGAUUUCAAAUUAAAUCGAUUUCUGUCUCGAACGACCGCAUGUACUGUCACUAACUUUAAAACUAUAAACUAUACCUGUGUCGACUCGACGCAUACAGCGAUUACUAUUAUUAUACCUCUCGCAUGUUCUUGUGGUAAACCUCAUUGUCUAAACGCUCAUCCUCAUCAUCCACUAUAG